AUGAGUGUGAUCACAUGGAAUGUUAGAUGGUUAAAUAAAGCAUACAAGCAAAAGGAGAUAAAGGAGUUCAUAAAGCAAAAUAAAAAGAUAGUGAUAGCCUUAGCAGAACAUAGAAUAAAGGAACAGAAAGCUAGCAGUAUAAUCAGUAAAGUUGCUCCUGGAUGGUCGUGGAUAUCAAAUUUCAGCAACAUCAAUAACAGUAGAAUAUGGACACUAUGGGAUCCCAGAAUCUUUGAGUUUGAACCAAUUGACAUAGAUGGCCAAUGCAUACAUGGACAGGUCAGAAGACACUCAAGACUACUAGCAUUUGGAUCUACAGCGAUAUAUGGUUUUCAUACUAUAAAAUAUAGGUUGGAUAUGCGGCAGAAAUUGAGGCCGAUAAAUAGCUUGCAGCAAGGACCAUGGCUAGUAAUGCGAGAUUUUAAUGCAGUAUUUACUAGUCAGGAUCGACAGCAUGGUACAAUACUACAAGAUAUGGAAAUACAGGAUUUUAGGGAAUUCAUGAGUGAUACAGGAAUGAAUGAAUUACCUACUGUGGGAAGGGAUUACACAUGGAUAAAUAACCAUAUAUAUAGCAGAAUAGAUAGAGGAUUGGGGAAGAAAACCAGUCCAUUUAGAUUUUUCAAUUGCAUGAAAAGAGUUAAGCAAGUUAUUAAGGGGCUUAACACUCAAAACUGCAAAGGUGUUGAGGACGGAAUCGAAGUAAUCAGAAGGGAACUACAGGAAGUGCAUGAGAAAAUAAGCUGUAGAAUGCUGAAUACAGAAUUAAUUGAGGAAGAAAAGGAACUAAAGAGUAAAUUGGAGAAAUGGAUACUGAUAGAGGAAAGCAUUUAUAGGCAAAGAUCAAAGGUACAGUGGCUGAAGUUGGGAGAUACUAACUCUGCAUAUUUCUUUGCUGAAAUGAAGAAUAGGAACAAUUUGAAUGGAAUUCAUGAACUCACGAAUGAUCUAGGGGUGCAGUUACAUAUGGAGGAGGAAAUAGAGAUAGAAAUAUUUGGCUACUAUAAACAAUUGCUUGGGUCAAAUGCUACUGCAAUCCCAGCAAUAGAUCCAAAUGUAAUGAAAAGAGGGGCAAUGCUCACAAGAGAACAACAAAUUAAACUGAUCCAGCCGGUCACAAAACAAGAGAUAUGGGAUGUUUUACAAGAUAUAAAUGAUUUGAAGGCCCUAGGAUAUGAUGGUCUAAAUGCAGUUUUCUUCAAGAAGUCAUGGCAUAUCAUAGGGGAGGAGGUAACACAAGCUGCUGGACUUCUUUCAGACAUCACAGAUGUUUAA